AUGUCGCAAUCACUAUAUACACUCCCACCGACAACCACAAAGUCGCUCCGCGACCUGCGCUUCGGCUCGGCCCGGGCAACCACGCCUCAAGCGCGGAUCUACGAGAUCUCGAAGGCAGACAUGUCGAUAGUCGAGACGUCGCCUGCGGAAGUCUACACGAGUCUCGAAGAUCUAGCCGAUGCGCUGCCCGGCAACACGCCGCGCUACGUGGUGCUUAGCUACCCGAUGGUCACGAAGGACGGACGGCAUAAGGCGCCGUAUGUGUUGUUGUAUUAUCGACCGGUGACGGCGACGCAGCAGGCGAAGAUGUUGUAUGCUGGUGCGGUUGAGAUCUUUAGGGCGCAGGCGGAUGUGAAUAGGUGA